UCAUUUCUAUUAAAAUCUCCAACUCUCUCUAUGUAAACGGAUCUCCCUGCCCCUGGCCGAACUUCUUCCAUGGCUUCUCAAAUCCUCAGAAGGGUUCUUCGAAGCCGACAGAUCCCAAAAUCUUUCGUUGCAAACCCUAGUUUAACUACGAUUAUUGCAUUUCCUUUCUCAUGUUCAUCAUCUGACUCUUCGUCCUCUGAUGAUUCUCCUCUUCCAAGUUUCCCAAUUACAGUGAGUUUAAUCCCCGGUGAUGGAGUCGGACCUGAAAUUGCAGAGUCCGUAAAGAAGGUGCUUGCUACAGCUGAUGUACCUAUAGAGUGGGAGGAACAUUUUGUUGGGCACACAGUAGACCCAAGAGUACAGAGUUUUCUCACGUGGGAAAGUUUGGAAUCAAUACAGAGAAAUAAAGUGGGUCUGAAAGGUCCAAUGGACACCCCAAUUGGAAAAGGACCGAAAGGCGAUAGGACUUUGAGCCUUACAUUAAGGAAAGACCUUUGUUUUUAUGCAAAUGUUAGACCUUGUUGCAGUCUCCGUGGAUGUAAAACCCGUUAUGAUGACGUCAAUCUAGUCACAGUUCGAGGAAAUACUGAAGGGGAAUAUAGUGGUCUUGAGCAUGAAGUGGUGAGAGGUGUAGUCGAGAGUCUUAAUGUUAUUACUCGCCAAGCAAGUCUUAGAGUCGCAGAAUAUACUUUUCAUUAUUCCAAGACCCACGGACGCCAGAGGGUCUCAGCAAUUCAUAAUGCAAACUUUAUGAGCAAGAUCGAUGGUAUUUUCCUUACGUGUUGUCGUGAGGUGGCAGCAAAGUAUCCUGAAAUAGUUUAUGAGGAAGUCAUCAUUGACGAUUGCUGCAUGAUGCUAGUUAAAAAUCCCGCACUCUUUGAUGUACUGGUAAUGCCUAACCUCUACGGAGAUAUCAUCAGUGAUUUUUGUGCCGGCUUGGUUGGUGGCUUAUGGUUAACUCCUGGCUGUAACAUUGGGGAGUACGGCAUUGCCCUUGCUGAGGCAGUGCAUGGUUCGGCCCCUGAUAUUGCUGGGAUGCAGACGGGAAGUAUCGAACAGCUGAUCUUGGUGGCUCUUCAUCAACGACAGAUUUUACAAAAGCCAUUUGUGACGACCUUUGAAUUUCUAAUCUUGAGACUAUCAUGUUCAAGGAUGCAAUCUGUCAUGUAGUGGGAACUUUUGUCCUUGUGACUGCUUGCGAGGAGACACUGUACCACGAUUAGAUGUUGGAGUUGUUUCUAUGUUCACGUUCAGCGAGCCAGAUUCAGAAUCAACAAACACAUCAUCGCUUGAUGCAUCACUGCCAGUAUGCUAAAGGGUUUUAACCUUUCUCAACGGAAUUGGCCAGAGCCUCCAUCUACGAUCAGAUGGAGAUGAUCCUCCCUGAGCUUUAGAGUCUCAUCUUGUUUUACAAGAAUUGCAUCGGUAAAUCAACAGAAGCUUUGAACUCUUCCCCAAGGCGUGACGUGCAUCGAACACCUCACUAGCAGGACCCUACCCUAAACCAGCAUGACGCAAUUCCGACAUAGUUUAAAGGGAAUCCAGCAAGCAACCAGGAUAGCUACGUUAAAGGGAAGAAACAAAAUGGAUGUCUAGUGUAACAGCACCUUAACCCUUUCAGUUCUACUCAUUUUUUCAUCCUCCUUUGUCCCCACAGCAGAAGUCCUUGUCUCGGGUUCAUUCCUACUGGAAUCUACUGUUUCCAGAGCAGGUUUUUGGGACUAGCGUUGGGCCUUGCAAGUCUCAUCUGUUUGAAUCACAAUCUCUCCCUCAACUUGAGUGUUUCUAAACUCCUCAGUUGUUUUUAAACUUGGCUCCCUCACCAGGACGUAGGUGAAAUUGUGGGGUAUUCAACUGUACAUUAUCCAUAUUCUCCUGUGGAAUUCGAAUCAUUAUCCGCUCCACAAUUCUCAAUUUAGGGUGAACCUAAUUGACCCACAUUCAUCUGAAAACUGAACCACCUCAGUACGUGAACGCUAGAUAUAAAGCUUACCCGCACCGUUAUCAUCAUUGCUGCUAGUGUUCUCCUGCCGUGUAUCUUCCAAAUUUUCGGAAUAAAGAACUUUCUAUUUCUCGGUGGUCUUGUUCAAAAUAUAUGCUUCCCACGAUUUAUCAAGGUACAUGUGGAACAUGACUUCAGGUAACAAAACACCCCCGAUUCACGGGACCAGUCAGCUGACCCAGAUCUGACUCAAGUUAGGUGAUUUCAGUUAGAUCUAAAUACAAGGCUAGUAAGUGUGUGCUGAGAGUGUGCAAGUUAUAUGAGUCGCACAUGUGAGGUGUAUGAGUGAUAAAGAGAAUUCAUGUGAGUAUAUAAACUCAAGUCUGUCCUGUAAAUCAUAAUUUUUCUUUUAAUCAAAUCAUUGCAUUCGCCUGGA